UGAUAGUGUUUUAUCUUCAAUUCCUUCAUUUUUUUUUGUGGCUUAUCUGUAGAGGAGGCUACUUUAUUGUCGUUAUCUGUUGAAGCCAAAGUACAAAAACAUUCGAGAGUGGAAUUCGGAGUAAGUUCGAAGACGGGAGAAAAACAAAGAGCUCUAUUUCCAAAAUGGACCCCCAGAUGGACCACAAGUUGCUGACUCAGAACUUCCUGAAACUGGAACAGCCAGCGAAUAAAGUACAGUGCAUGCACGUGUACGUGGAUGGAUCUCUGAGGAAUUUCAGAGCCAAGGACCAGACUUGGCCUCAAAAGCCACAGCAUCCUGAUGAGUUUCCUCUACUGGAGUUUUGUGGCUCGGCGACGGAUUUCGACGUCGGGAAUGUCGCCGAUUACUACGCGAAACCCGUCAAACUCUACAAAGACCCCUUCAGGCGAGAGCCCAACACUCUGGUUUUCUGUGAAACGUAUUCUAGAGAGGGAUUACCCACAUUUGCCAACAACCGCUAUCGCCUGUUGAAAGUCGUCAAUUCCCAGCUAGAAACAGCAGCAUCAUUCACUUUUUAUCAAUCCUACACUUUUCUGAGGAAAGAAGACGGCAAACCUCUGUCAUACAUGGACCCCGCAUACGAUCCGGACUCAAAAUCUGGAUUCGCUUGCGGCAGAAUCAUAGCCGAAUCUCACUACAAGGCUUGCCUAUACGCUGGAGUAAACAUGGCAAGCUUAGAGCCCAUCAAUAGACUCGGGCAAUGGUGCUACACUGUGGAUGGUCCCUCGUCUCCUGUGGAUAUCAGUGACGACGUGUGGAUAAGCCGAUUCUUGCUUCUGCGAGUGGCCGAGGAUUUCGGAGUGGCAGUCAACUUCGAGAAAGAACCCGCCUACUCAAAUCUCGUGUUGGAAAUGGAGGACAUGUCUUCGGAGAAAAUAUUACGAAUUGUGGAUGCUCUUCUGUCCAAGUUCGUCUUGAAAGAGCAUAAACCGAUACAGAUAAGGAAUCUGCAACACAAGAUUAACCUGAAGGGUUUCCAUGGGGACAUUGAUCCAUACGAUUUAUGCAAAAAAAUCGUUGAAACAUUUGCUAUAACCAUGUAAAUGACUCUCUUGUAAGAUAUUUCUUGAUUUUUUUGAAACUAUAAAUAAAUUAUUUAUGCUUUUA